CGCCAGCGCACCUGAAGCCGCGCCGCCGACGCCAACACCGCCGAUUCCACGAUGAAUGAGGCCAAGCAGAAGCUGCUUCAGAUCCUUUUGGCAAAUGGGGCGGUGAUGGACACAGAGUUCAAGGUGGCAUGCGACGAGUUAUUCGAUCGCGGUUGGAGGGGGUGAUGCCAUCCUGUCCUGACCUAUUGUGGUAGAUUUUUCCAUGGACGACGUCGACGAACUCCGUGAAUCCAUGUCGAAGGAGCUUCGAGUGUAUUCGUUGGACAUCAAGCAAGCCAUGCACGACAACGGCCACGUGUACGUGGGGGUUGUGAACACGAGCAACGACGGUGUAUCGACGUUGAGCAACAAUUUCAAGCCCUGGGAAAUCGUGUUCUUUCGGAAGGCGAUCGUGCAUAUCGUUGAAAAUGAGGAUGGAGAGAUCGACCGCAUGGAGCUCAUGAAUUUGCGCGACGGAGCGAAUAAGGUGUCCGACGUCCGGGCGUUGGUCGACCAGUUGCUCGAGCAAAAGUGGCUCGGCAUCAGCAUAUUCAACGACGACCAGAUCACGCUUGGGAUUCGAGCGUUCCUCGAGCUCAGUGUGUUCAUUCGAGAGCUGGGGGUGCUGGAAUGCAUGAUUUGUCACUCGGAUGUGCUACAGAGUGUGCGGUGCAAGACGUCCAACUGCGCCACACGUGUCCACGAAACCUGUCUCCAGGAACAUCAGAAGUCCGGCCGGCCUUACCACUGCGCGCCGUGCCGCAAGCCGCUGCGGUGAGCGGCCGUGGAUUUGGCGGGUGGGACUGAGUGAUCCGGUCAAGUGCGUUAUUUUUAAUUCGUCAUUCCCGAUAGAAACCCUACCUUGAAUUUGAUUUCCAUCAUUUAAAAUAUGCCAAGCAUCU